ACCGCGCGAGUCAAUGUCGAUGAUAUGAGUUGAAUAGUACGUACCAGUACGCAUCAAUACCAAUAGAGGUCAGGUGCGCAUCAGCUGUGGAAGAAGAUGCCAGCCCAUUACUAGCCCGCGAUGGCUGCAGUCGCGACUGCCCACCGGCGCAAGAGCAGCUGCUGCAGCAAACUAUAACACGAAGAAUGAAGGUUCGACCUUUACCGCUUGCUCAUCUUCCCGCCCGCCGCGGAAGAUGGCCGCCACUUGUCGCGGUCACGACGUCGUUCUUGAUCUUCCUGCUCGCUACAACUGCGUCAGCAGCAGCCUCGGCUUCUGCGGUGCACGAAGUCCAUGUGGCGCAACAAGGUUAUCAAGGACAACAAGCUCCCGCCGACGACUCCUCUAGUUUGGAAUCUGGCAACGCGGAAAAACUGUUAGAGGAUAACGAGCUGCUGAAGCAGCUGGCCGAGCAGGAUGAGAAAGCGGUGCAGCAGCGGAAGGAGAAUUUCCAAGCGGAAUCACACGUGCAGGAGGAGCUGAUCGGGUUUUACGCGAAGUUAUCAAAUGUAAAAAUGUCUGGGUCUGGAAGAAUGCAACUUGUCAUGCUAAAUCUGAAGCAUGCAAAAAUCUGUGUUGCAUGAUUACCAAAAGUCGUCCAGUUUUGACCAAGUCUGGAGGGAGUUUCUCAUGCAGGAUAGGCAUGAGAGAGAUCGCACAGAAUCUGUCAUGCUAGGUCCUGCAUUCCAGACCUCAUGGGUCAUGGAAAAGCUGCAUGACAAAUCGCUCAUUCUUCCAGACUCAGGCAUUUUUACAUCUGAUAGAAGUCUCUGCAGGCACAAAGACUCGCGCUGGACCAGCUGCAGUCCUCUUCCAAGCAAAACGCGGAAGAAGCCGUAUCAAAUGCAAAAAUGUCUGGGUCUGGAAGAUUUUGAGAUUUGUCAUGCUUGUCUGGCAUGACCAAAAAGUUUGUGAUGCGUGUCCGAGAAGAGACCCUUUUGCCUGUCAUGCAAAAACGCAGUUUGUCAUGCGAAAGCCGCAACACAGAGAACUUCUUUGAAAGAAGCGCAGAUACUUCUCAUGUUUGCCUGUGCAUUACAGAGCAUUCACUAUUCCCAACGCAGCAUUACAAGUUUCCAGACCCAGACAUUUUUACAUUUGAUAAGCCGUGGAGAUCAACAAGGAACUGAAGAAAACGCUGGACAACUUGAAGAAGAGCGAGGCGGGGUUGGUGGCUGCCGCGAAGGAGAAGGCCAAGGAAGCCGUCGUGCAGAAGUUCCGGGAAGAAAAUUUUUUGUUGAAGAAUUGGGACAAAGUGACCUUUGGAACGGAAAACUCAAAGGUGGCGGAAAGGAAAACGGAACAGUACGUGGCGCAUGUGAGUAUUGAUAGCGUUUUUACUUUUAUAUACUCAACGCACUUGAUUCCAUUUUGUUGCUUGAUUUAGGUCCGCAUGACAUAUUCAUCUUCGGCGAUGGAGUGCUGCGCGACGCUUUUCGUAUUUAUUCUAGGCAGUUGUGGUGCGCAGCAGUGGGAGGUACCAUUACAAUAAAUGAAAAAUCGCAACAUAUAAAAACCUCUGUUGACAUCUGCAGCGUAAUUUUUUACCUUCCAACCACCCCUCCACGACAGAUGACCUCUACACCCGCGCUUUGCAGAACGAGCGGCAAGCCGCGGGACUGGAGACCGAGGCCAACAGCCUUGCAGCGUCUUCCCAGGCACUGUCCGACGGUGCCGACGACAAGGAGGAUAUGGAGUUCUCAAAUGCUACAUUCUCAACUGUAUACGUGAAUUUGUAAUGCAAGAAUGAUAAAAGUGAAACUGAAAGGGGGAAGAUUGUGCCUUUUGCAUUACAACUACUUCGGCGCAGAUUCUGAUGCUAUCUAGCACGUGAAGAACUUAUCAUGCGCGGCAGCUCAAUCAUGUAGAUAAUGAUGGCAGUUUUGCGCGCCCAAUCGCGUAACAGUUGAGAAUGUAACGCUUGAGAAUCCCAUAGAGAAGGCCGGCGAGGCCCUGGCCGCCCAACUGGACCGGUCGGAGGCCGCGCAGUUGAAAUUGCAGGCGGGCGAGAAGUAUGCAUCGCAAAAGUUGUGGUACCGUGCUGCUCGUGCUACAACAUGCCAUCACGCAUGACAAAUCCGCUUCCUCUGCUUGCAUCUGCAUCAGGGAAAAUGAAAUUUGCCGUGCAAGAGAAAUUUUAAGUAGUAUCAGUAUGAUGCUUUUGCCCUGCAUACGAAGCGGGCCUACGCGGACGCGCUGAUGGCGGAAGCCAAGCAGUGGACGGGAAAGCGGAAGGAUUUGAGUCCGGGGACGGACGGGGACGUGGAUGAGUUGGUGAGAAAACCCUACGCGGAUAUCAAAAGCAAAAAUCCCCCCUCCCCAUAUCAAAACCAAAUUUCUGAUGCUGGAUUUGGAUACACAAAUCAGAUUUGUGUUGCAGAAAGGCAUUGCGGCCAGAUCCCCAGGCUAGCUGCAGCCGUUUGGGUCUAGUUGCUCAGCACGGCAAACGGCUCACUUUUAGGCCCAAAAGCAUGACAAAUCGCUUCCAUAAUGGGGCGGAAGCUUCUGCCCUUGUCUUCUUGCAAGACAAAUGUGACUUGUGACCUCAAAUCAGCAACACAAAUUUUAAUUUUCGGAAACAUGCCUUUUCGAUAUGGGGAGGGGGGAUUUUUCCUCACAAUAACGGACGUGCACUCCUCACUGGACUUCUUGGCCCGGCGGUGAGCAGGGAAGGGAGGCAAUCAAACAGUGAUGUUUUUCUUUUUACGCUGUGGCUGUGGGCAGCUUUCUGGUCGUCCUCUCGACUUCGACAAGGCAGUACCGUAGAGCAUGGCUCAGAUGAAAGGCUUCUGCUUUACGCCGUUUUGAAGAUGAUGCUUGUGUCUACAAGCAGAAUAGAGAAAAUUUUCUUUUCCCCACGUCGAGUCCUCGACGGAUGCGUCCAUACUGAGAACAGUUACUGGGUGUGUAAGUUUCAAAAGAAAAUUCGCUAACACGACGACGCACAUUUCCUGGAAGUACUCCUCGUGCAAUUUCUACAAU